GGCAAUAUGUGUGGAGGUGAGAGAAGAAGAAGUGCAGCGCAUCCUGAACACAACAUUCUGUUUCUCUCCACCAGAGACAUUGUGGAGAUGUUUGACGGCUGCAAUCAGGAGAUUGAGAUGAACGGAGACGAAUCACCAGAUGAUGACUCUCAGAGCUUGUUGCGUGAUCUUAAUGUCUUCAAAAGCAUAGGGGCAGCUGAGGACAUGGAGGUCACCAAUGCAGAUGCACAAUUUGGCAGCAAAGAGCAGGGAAAGAAAGUGGAGAGGGAGAUAAAUGGACCCAAACCACCGGUGCCAGGGACUUCCAGCUGUGCUCAGACUGCUGCAGGCAGCCAAUCAUGUCAUUCAGCAAAGAUCUCAAAGAAAGUGAGAAGCUUAAACAAGAAGCAACUGAACAAGAAAGAUUCAAUGGGAGAGACUAUUCUGCACAAGGCAUGCAGAAGGAGAGAUCUGGCUGAGGUCAGGGCGCUCAUUGAAGCGGGGAUCAACGUCAACACAAAGGAUAAUGCAGGCUGGACAGCUCUCCAUGAGGCUGCUUUUGUUGGUGAUAAUGCAGUGGCUGAGGAGCUGUUGAAGGCUGGAGCUGAUGUAAAUGCUAGAAGCGAUGAUGGGAUCAGCCCACUGCAUGAUGCUGUUUCCGGUGAACACUACCAGGUAAUGACGCUUCUCCUCCAGCAUGGGUCAAACAGCAGUCACAGGCAGAUGGGGGGCCUCAGUGCAAUGGACAUGGCGAUGGAGGAGAAAAUGCAAGAGCUGCUCUCUCUCGGAAUGUCUUCUGUGAUACGUGAGCAGCCUUGUCAGGGCCCUGCACAGUACAGAAAACCAGCAGCAAAGAUCUCAAAGAAAGUGAGAAGCUUAAACAAGAAGCAACUCAACAAGAAAGAUUCAAUAGGAGAGACUAUUCUGCACAAGGCAUGCAGAAGGAGAGAUCUGGCUGAGGUCAGGGCGCUCAUUGAAGCGGGGAUCAACGUCAACACAAAGGAUAAUGCAGGCUGGACAGCUCUCCAUGAGGCUGCUUUUGUUGGUGAUAAUGCAGUGGCUGAGGAGCUGUUGAAGGCUGGAGCUGAUGUAAAUGCUAGAAGCGAUGAUGGGAUCAGCCCACUGCAUGAUGCUGUUUCCGGUGAACACUACCAGGUAGUGACGCUUCUCCUCCAGCAUGGGUCAAACAGCAGUCACAGGCAGAUGGGGGGCCUCAGUGCAAUGGACAUGGCGACGGAGGAGAAAAUGCAAGAGCUGCUCUCUCUCGGAGUGUCUUCUGUGAUACGUGAGCAGCCUUGUCAGGGCCCUGCACAGUACAGACAACCAGGUGAAAUGUCUUCUGAGGCUCCGUGCCACAACAGCAUCUCUGCCAGCUGCAGUAAAGCAUUAAGUGUACGACCCGGAGACUUAGGUGACGGAGACGGAGUCAGAGAGCCUGGUGACAUUCAGCCGAAGAAGAAAGACACCGCCACGGAUAAUCGGAGUCAUACAGUGGCCACAAGAGUGUUUUUGGAGGAGACGGGCAGGAAACAGACAGAUGUUUCGUCUUGGCCUCUGAUUGAUCUGGAGGAUGCAGGCAGAUAUCAUGCUGCUCUGAUACAGUUCCAGGAUGGGCUGGAUGAGGUGCUUAACCAACAGCAGUUGGAGAAGGAUAACAUUGAUCAGAAAUUACGGAUGGUGUCCGACCCCCUCCGGCACCGCUUGCUGAAGAGUCGCCUUGUCUCCCUGUCUUUGUGUCAGAGGACGUUGGUGGAGCUCCUUCAGAAGCAAAUGCUUAUGGAAGAGGUGUAUCUAACCGCGAAGGCCAGACUUUCCAAUGAUCAAAGCAGUGCAGGAGAGACACAGCAGCUAAAUCACUUCUCCACUCCUGAUCCUGAAGCUGGAGAAGCACACAGCUCAAAUGACAACGGGCAAAGACAGGAGAGCCAUCAACCCGUUACACAGCCCACUCUGUUCGGAUCAGCACCCUUAAACCCUACACAACCAGACGGACCACAACUCUCUGACCUCAUUCAGAGGGGGGUCAUUCCCUCCGGAAGUGCUAUAGAGCUGGUGUUGAAGGGUCACUGGCACCUUGCUCUCCUGCUGGAUGACGGCUCCAUAAAGGACAGCAAGGGCAAGCUGCACCUGACUCCAGAACGCUGGCUAGAGUUCAUUCUCAAUAACAACAUCCCUGUCAGCUCAACGCACGCCUGGGACCAGGUGACAUUCAGAGGCAAAUCUUUGUCUUAUUAUGCAUUGAACUUGGCUGAAGGACACUCAUCUCCGGAUGUUCAACAAUGCCGCGCUGCUUCUUCCGGGGAGGUGCUGACCCCAGAGGACCUGAGAAAGAUGUUAAUAAAUAUCAAGAUCGUCCAUCUGGUGGGGGAUGAGGAAUGGCUGCCAAGUGCUCAAAGUAACCUGUACUGGAAGAAGCUCUUGGCAAAAGACCAUGAUGACUGGGGGGAAUUAUCAGAAUGAUAUAUAAAAUAAAUAAACAUUAAAUGAUCCAGUAUCCACCAGUAUUGUUUGAUACGUUCACUUGUUCAGUUAUAUUGUUUUAUGACUCAUUUCCCACUGAAA